AUGUCGACGCGAUGUCGUUGGUGCGGGGUGCGUGAAUUUGUUUUUCGCCAUGAUCCGGUAAAAGAAUUUGUAGAUUUCGCAACGCGAACGUCAAAAUAUUUUAACAAAAUAAUUUGUAUCGCGCAUAAUGCGAAAGCGUUUGACGCUCAGUUUAUCUUAAAAUACAUCGUAGAACAAUCUGGCAUAAUUCAAGAGCCACGGAUGAUUUUGAACGGGACGAAAAUUAUCAUGAUGACGGUCGGUAACACGAAAUUUAUUGAUAGCUCAAAUUAUAUGCCGAUGCGAUUAUCUGAUUUACCUAAGGCUUUCGGACUGCAGGAUACAUCGGGUAAAGGCAUCUUUCCUCAUUUAUUCAAUAGAAAAGAGCAUCAAGCAUAUAUCGGACCAAUACCUAGCGCACGGUAUUAUUCGCCCGAACAAAUGAAACCCGAGGAACGCGAGCAUUUUAUAAAAUGGCACGACGAUAUGACACAAUCCGGCUUCAUUUUUGAUUUUCAACGCGAAAUAGUUAAAUAUUGUCGUAACGACGUUGAUAUCCUUCGACGGGCCUGCUUGGCUUUCAGGAAAAUCUUUCUUGAACGCGGGAGCGUGUGUCCGUUCGUGGAAUGCACAACUAUCGCUUCUACGUGUAUGAAAGUUUUUCGCAGAAACUUUUUACGCGGGAAAGAAAUAGGAGUCAUUCCAGUUGGUGGAUACAGAUAUAGAGAUAAUCAUUCGCGCAAAACCGUGCAGUGGUUGGUGUGGAUGGAGCGUGAGCUCAAUCAACGGAUAAGCCACGCGGGGCGAGGGCGCGAAUUUCGGAUUGCCGGUACGCCCGUCGAUGGAUAUUACGAAACUGAUUUGGAGAACGAGACGCAACGUUACGUGUUACAAUUUCACGGAUGCUUUUGGCAUGGAUGUCCAUCAUGCUUCCGAAUAAAUCGCGAGAGAAAACUCAGUUCUUCCACCGAUCAUGGCGAUACGAUCGACGCGCGCUACGAGCGAACUCUCGCGGCGACAUGGCGUCUUCGACGACGGGGAUACCUGGUGAUGGAGAAAUGGGAGUGCGAUUUUGACCGAGAAAUACGUGAAAAUAAUGAGAUGCGCGAUUUUCUUGAAAAUGCUCAGAUAAUAAAGAACUCGCCUCUCGAUCCGCGCGACGCAUUUUUCGGUGGCCGAACGGGGAAUAUAGCAACCCGAUGCGAUGUUGCGGGAACGGAGAAAAUACGCUACAUAGACGUAUGCUCUCUGUAUCCCUAUGUACUGAAAACGGGUGCUUUUCCGAUCGGUCACCCAAAGAUCUACAUCGGAGAGGAAUGUUCCGAGUUAAUCGGCGUAUUUCCGGAUUUCGAUUUCAACUCGCUCGAAGGACUCAUUCGUUGUAAAGUACUCCCUCCGCUCGAUCUUUUUCAUCCGGUACUCCCGUAUCGCGUACGCGGCAAAUUGUGUUCGCGCUGUGUCGGAGUUGUUGCGAAACGUUCUCGCAAGCUGAGUGUACUCACAGUUUCGCCGAUCGUGAAUUCGAGGAUACCUGGGUAUCCUGUGAAUUUCGCAAAGCCGUCGAGAAAGGAAGCUAGCGGAUGGCCGAACGAAUGCGUGGAUGACGAAGCUAAGGAGCGAUAUCUUCGGGAAUACGAGGAAACCGAGGGUAUCGUUCUCGAUAAAAAUAACAUCGCUCGAAAUCCAGGUCUACGUUCGCGAUUGGCAGCUUUGCUCACGAGUCCAGAACACGAAAUAACCGAUAUAUUACCCGUCAACGACGAGGUAAUAUAUGUCUCGUGGAGAUUACGAGAAGAAGCGGUCGUAGCUUCUCCGCAGACAAACGUCGUGAUCGUGGCAUUCACGACGGCGCUGACGCGACUGAAAUUAUACGAACAUUUAGAAUUAUUGAAUAGGCGAGUAUUGUAUUAUGAUACAGAUUCCUGCUUAUAUAUAAGUACAGGCGAUCCGAACGAGUACGAGCCACGUACGGGAAAUUUUUUGGGGGAUAUGACCGACGAACUCGAGAGCUUCGGCCGCGGUAGUUAUAUCGAAUCGUUCGUGUCGGCUGGCCCGAAAUUCUAUGCGUACGUUGUUCGUACACCGGAGGAUCGCCUGCAUGAAAUUUGUAAAGUAAAAGGAAUAACGCUUAAUUAUAGGAACUCGCUUAGGGUAAAUUUCGAUAGUAUCAGAAGAUUAAUCAGGAUCAGGGGAAGCGACAGCGGUAAAGCGGCGAUAAAGAAGAAUAUAAUUGAAUUUCGCGAGGGUUUACCUCGUCCGGAAGAUUACUCGAACGAUCCGUUUUCUCCAAAAUUGGUGAUAAUCGAUGAUCUUAUGAGAGAAUCGUCGUCGAGCGACGCAAUCGUUGAUCUUUUUACUAAAGGCAGUCAUCACAAGAAUCUCAGCGUUAUUCUUAUCUCGCAGAAUCUCUUCCAUCAGGGCCGUGGACAGCGUGAUAUAUCUCUCAAUGCGAAUUACAUCGUAGUUUUCAAAAAUCCACGUGAUCGCGCUCAAAUUCGUCAUUUAGCGCGUCAAGUAUAUCCCGACGAUCCGAAAUUUCUAGAAGAGGCAUACUACGACGCUACGUCGAGGCCUCACGGCUAUUUGCUGCUCGAUCUGAAACAAUCAACUCCGGACGAGUAUCGAUUUCGAGCGUGUAUUUUUCCCGAAGAUACGACUCAUUACGUCUACGUGUCACGUAGAUCAUUUUCGAACGGAUUCGUAUAA